UCAACCCAGAACAAUAUGAGGCCAACCGUCAACCUCCCAUCAUGAUUUUGAUACGGAACUUCAUGAACGGGAUGGGAAAGCACAACCAAAUGGUAAUUACGUUUUGCAUCGAAUCCACCAUUUCGUCGAUCCCGCGAUGUCAGUUCCUCUCGGACAACACCCCAGCUUCCAUCUUCGCCCAGCCACCCUCUCUGAUGUAUCGAAGAUAAUGUCUCUCGUAUUACCUCAAGUCUCACACGACGGCUUCCAUGACUAUUUCUUUCCUUACCAAGACCGUUAUCCCCAGGAUUUCGAUUCUUGGUGGAGGAGGUAUUAUAGAGAUAUGAUUUUGCGGCCAUAUACUCUUGUUCUUGUUGCUGAGGAUUCUGAUCGAGAUAUGAAGGGAAUAGCUGUGUGGGUCUAUGCACCGAAAGUAGCGGGAGGGGGUAGUGGUGAUAAUGAUGAUGUGCCGGAGCCGAAAGGACUGAAUAUUGCGAAGAAUUCAUGGUAUUAUGUGAUACGAAGGCAUACCUACGCUUGGAUGGACAAGAUCGCAGAUAAAAUCCAACCCAACCGCUGCAUAGACCGGAAUGCUAUCCAAGAAUGGCGCAAGACCGUCGCUGACAUGAGUAAACGUCUUUGGAGCGGUGAAGAUCGCGUUCAUUGGUAUUCCUUUGAAUUUUUUACGUUCGGUCGUUCAGCGAAUGGCGAGGAAGAGAAGAGAACGGAAUCUCAUCUAAUUUCCCAUGGUGAUGAUCGGGAUAAAGGAGAUCUUGCCUCGCUUUUGCUCGGGUGGGGCAUUCGGCAGUCCAAAGUAGACCACGUUUCGACGUUUGUGUUGACGUUGAUCUCGUUGAGGGAGUUGUAUGAAGGAGUAGGGUACAAAGUUGUUGAUGAAGUGCAGUGUGGGCCCUCUAGGUGUAUAGCAAUGAAGUUCAUCGAAUGAAAUAUGUCAAAAUCACCUUGCAGGACCCCAGAAGCUCCUACCAGACCGGAUGGUAUAAUUUCGCCUUCCGCCGGUGCGUUCUGCGUUCCGACGGAUUUGCGUUCACAUUGUUGCGUUCAAAUCUUUGCGUUCACAUUCAACAUAGCUGCAUUCAGGUUAACUAUUUAUCAUAUUGACGCUACCAGACCCCAUCCGAAUUAGUGUACUUUAGGCCUCGGAAGUCUCAAUCCCUGUCUGAGAUAGCAUACUUUGGGUAUCAAUUGGCUGAUUUGGUGGCCCAAUGGACGUAGGUGGAGCUCCGGCACCGGAGUUUGGACAAAGAAGCUCAGAAGAGCUCCAGAAGCAGCAAUAAUAGUCAAAAAAGCAUACAGAAAGACGAUUCCAGGUAGUGUUGGGUAUUGAACCAGGUGGU